UUUCCGGCCGGGCGGCGGGGCGGGGCCAGGGAGAGCGCGUGACUGGCGGCCGGGUCACGUGACGCGCCCGACCGGGCCUCCAAGAUGGCGGUGUGCGUGGCGGUGAUCGCCAAGGAGAAUUACCCUCUUUACAUCCGCAGCGCCCCCACAGAGAAUGAGCUGAAGUUCCACUACAUGGUGCACACGUCCCUGGACGUGGUGGAUGAGAAGAUCUCCGCGAUGGGGAAGGCCUUGGUGGACCAGAGGGAGCUCUACCUGGGCCUGCUGUACCCCACGGAGGACUACAAGGUAUACGGCUACGUGACCAACUCCAAGGUGAAGUUCGUCAUGGUGGUGGACUCCUCCAACACGGCGCUUCGAGACAACGAGAUCCGCAGUAUGUUCCGGAAGCUGCACAAUUCCUAUACAGAUGUGAUGUGCAACCCUUUCUACAACCCUGGGGACCGCAUUCAGUCCAGGGCCUUUGACAGCAUGGUGACGUCUAUGAUGAUACAAGUGUGUUGAGCCAGAACUCAGCGGCCGUUGCUUGAAGACAAGCACUGUGUAUAUAAGCCCAUCGUCCAGAUGGAUGUUUAUUAUCCCGUGCCUGUUCCUGAGCGUCCCUGCUGCUGGGGGCAAGGCCUCGGGCACGGUGCGUGGAGACUAAAGGUCUUCUGAGAUCA